AUGGAUCUCAUGAAUAGGGUAUUCAAGGAUGUCCUCGAUACCUUUGUAAUUGUAUUUAUCGAUGAUAUUCUUGUGUACUCUCGGUCGGAAGCAAAACAUGAACAACAUCUUCGUAUGGUUCUGCAACAACUCAGAGAUCACAAACUCUAUGCGAAAUUCAAGAAGUGUGAGUUUUGGCUGUCCCAAGUAUCUUUUCUGGGACAUAUUUUUGGGAAAGGUGGAAUUAUGGUGCACCUAGGAAAGGUUGAAGCAGUGAAGAAUUGGCCUAGACCGAAAACAGUUACUGAAGUGCAAAGUUUUCUCGGUUUGGCAGGUUACUAUCGACGGUUUGUAGAAGGAUUUUCAAAAAUUGCAAUGCCAUUAUCUUAA